UUAUAGUGUCCAUUUCAUAUGAACCGUGAUAUCUGUGAAGAAGUAACAGUUAUUUUUGUGUUUGAAUCACAAAGCAAUUGUUGUUUGUUUGCAUUAGAAGAAAGUCAUGAAGCUAGAAUCAGAGAUACGAUUUCAUGUUGGUGACAAAGAACAUGCAGUUAAAACUAGUGAUGUAGCUUCAGAUAUGACCCUAAAUACUUAUUUAAGAGACAGGAUGCAUCUAACAGGCACUAAAAAAAUGUGCCUAGAGGGUGGUUGUGGCACAUGUAUAGUUGCAGCAGAAAUGCUUGAUAAUAAUGGAAUGAAAAGAACCUUAUCAAUUAAUUCUUGUCUAGUUUCGAUAUUCUCUUGUCACGGUUGGAAAAUACUGAGUAACGAAGGAAUAGGUGGCCCAUUAACCGGAUAUCACAAAAUUCAAAGAGCUUUAGCAGAUAACAACGGAUCUCAGUGUGGCUUUUGUUCAUCUGGUAUGGUAAUGAACAUGUAUGCUCUGAACCAAUCAGGAAAGCAAACCAAAGAACAAAUUGAAAAAGCCUUUGGUGGAAACUUGUGCAGAUGUACAGGGUAUCGUCCCAUUUUGACGGCCUUCAAAACUUUUGCUUCUGAUGCAGACAAAAAAAUUGAGCUAGAUGACUUGGAAGAUAUUAAACCAUGUAGAAAAUCAAACUGUGCUAAUGACUGUGCAAGACCAUGUUCUCAAAGACCGGUAUAUUUUGAAGCAGGUGAAUCCAAAUGGAUGAAGGUCUACCAUCUUCAGGAUUUGCUAAACGUCUUAAAAACUGUGGGCAAUAAAACGUAUCAGCUAGUCGCUGGAAAUACUGCAAGAGGUGUCUACUGGCCAACAUCUCAGCCUGAUGUUUACAUCGAUAUAAACAACGUUGCUGAAUUAACAACUUUUACAGCAACUGCUGAUAGUGUGACAUUAGGGGGAACAUGUUCUCUGUCAUACAUUAUGGAGAAAUUCUACGAAACUGGUAAAGCCCAAACUCAGUUUUCUUAUCUGACCAAAAUGGCUGACCAUCUGGACUUGGUGGCUCAUGUACCAGUUAGAAAUAUAGGGACUAUAGCAGGAAAUCUAAUGAUUAAACACCAACAUCAAGAAUUUCCCUCAGAUGUAUUUCUCAUUCUGGAAACAGUGAAUGCUACGCUUGUUAUAGUUGAUUUGGAAAACAAUAUUGAGAUGGUAUCUCCACAAGAUUUCCUCAAAGUCAAUAUGAACAAGAAAGUGAUUAAACAAAUAGUUUUGGAUGCUUUUGACUCGACUUAUUCAUACACAAGUUACAAGAUUAUGCCAAGAGCUCAAAAUGCUCACGCUAUGGUCAAUGCAGGAUUCUUGUUCAAACUUGACACAGCGAACAAAGUUCAAUCAGCAAGAAUAAUCUACGGUGGAAUCAACCCCAGUUUUAUACACGCCAAAAACGCCGAAAUGGUGCUAAAAAGCAAGAAUCUUUUCGAUAAUAGUACUAUACAAGCUGUACUAAAAGCUCUGGACCUGGAACUUGUACCGGAUUGGGUUUUGCCAGAUCCCAGACCAGAAUUCAGAAAGAAACUCGCCAAAAAUCUGUUUUACAAGUGCGUAUUAGCUCUAGCCAAGGAUAUAGCCCGUCCAAAGUACCGAAGCGGCGGUUCCUUGUUGUUUAGGCCAGUUUCAAACGGUACCCAACAAAUCUAUAGUGAAAAGGACAAAUUUCCUCUGACUCAACCGAUAAUCAAGCUUGAAGCACUAGCUCAGACUUCUGGUCAAGCAAAAUACAUCCUGGACAUUCCCAACCUUCCAAAUCAGUUACAUGGUAUCUUAAUACAAGCCAGAGCCGUCGCAGGAUCAACUUUGACAGGUGUCGAUGCUAGUGCAGCCCUAGCACGUCCAGAUGUCGUUGGAUUCUUCUCUGCCAACGAUAUUCCUGGUGUCAACAAUAUCGCAGUCGCUAGUCUGUCUAUGUCAGUAGUGGAAGAACUAUUCUGCAAUGGAAAGGUAAAAUAUUACUCUCAACCUGUUGGUAUACUGGUUGCUUCAACCCAUGAUGCCGCAGUAGCUGCGGCACCCUUUGUAAAGGUUUCUACGUCACCGUCCAAUACCAAACCAUUACUAAAUGUCCGCGAUGUCUUGAAUCAGGGAAAAAUGGACAGGGUAACCCAUCAAACAUCUUUUAUUCGUAAAAAUAAAGGAAACGAUAUAAAAACAGUUAUCAAAGGAGAAACAUACAUUGAAGGUCAGUACCACUUUCAUAUGGAGACACAAAACUGUCUGGUGGUACCUACAGAAGAUGGUUUGAAUAUAUUCCCAGGAACUCAAUGGAUGGAUCAUCUCCAAGGUGCUGUGUCGCAAAUUCUUAACGUACCAUCGCAAAGAAUAAACAUGUUUGUGAGACGCCUUGGUGGGGGAUUUGGCUCAAAACUAAGUCGUAACGCUUUUAUAACCGGAGCAGCAGCCCUGGCAGCUCAAAAACUGAACAGACCAGUGAGCAUAUGGAUGCAGUUUCAUGAAAAUAUGGAUAUUAUUGGCAAAAGAUUCCCUUGCUUAUGUAGAUACGAGGUUGGCGUUAACGCUUCAGGAAAAAUCCAGUAUUUAGACGUCAAUCUUUACAGUGAUUUUGGAGUAGGAGGUAACGAGUCUGUCGAUAGCAAUAUCAUUGCCCAAUUUCAGAAUUGCUACUUAGUUGACACGUGGAAAUUUGACACUUACACUGUUACAACGGACAAUUCGGCUUUCUGUUAUGCCAGAGCACCAGGAAGCUUAGAAGGAUUGGCAUGCAUAGAAACCAUCAUGGACCAUAUUGCCCUAACAUUGAACUUAGAUCCAUUAGAUGUCCGAAAACAGAACUUAGACAGAACAAAUAAUCCAAUAAUGGUGGAAAUUUUGACAGAAAUGGAGACAACGGAUGAUAUUGCUAAUAGGAAGAAAGCCAUUGCCGCUUAUAAUGAAGCUAAUAGGUGGAAGAAAAAAGCAUUGAGUGUCGUACCAAUGAAAUAUAUCCUGGAAGUACUGGGAACUUUUACAACGCUAGUUUCUAUCUAUCAUUUGGAUGGUGGUGUAGCAGUGUCCCACGGUGGUAUAGAGAUGGGACAAGGAAUUAACACAAAGGUAGUCCAAGUGUGCGCUUACAAGUUUAACAUCCCCAUAGAGAAAGUUUCUGUUAAACCAAGUUACAACGUUGCCGCUCCUAACUCUUUUAUGUCUGGUGGUAGUUUAACUUCGGAAGCUGUGGUUUAUGCUCUAUUGAGAGCAUGUGAUGUGUUGUUGGAUAGAAUCAAACCAAUAAGAGAUAAAAACCCUACGGCAACAUGGGAACAACUGAUACAACUUUGUUAUACAGCCAAUGUGAAUCUCAGCUCAAAUGGAUUUUUUUCACCGGCAGAACCAAACAUCCAAGAAUACCCAAUCUACGGAUGCUGCGCUUUGGAACUGGAAGUCGACAUACUCACGGGCAAACAGGAAAUCAGCAGAGUGGACAUCAUAGAAGACGUAGGUCGCAGUAUGAGCCCUCUGAUAGACAUCGGACAGCUUGAAGGUGCCUUCGUCAUGGGCUUGGGGUACUAUUCAACUGAAGAACUAGUUUUCGACCAAAACACCGGAAGACUAACCAACAACCGGACGUGGAAUUAUAAAGUGAUGGGUGCUAGGGAUAUUCCUGCAGAUUUUAGGGUGAAAUUUACUAAUAACACGUACAAUCCUGUGGGUGUGUUGAAGUCAAAGGCUAUAGCUGAGCCUCCGACGUGUUUGACUAUAUCGCUGCCUCUAGCUAUUAGGUCAGCUUUGGCUGGAGCCAUGUGUUAUAACUGUUUUGAAGCGUAA